AUGGGCAAAAAACGUUUUAAUCAUAGAGAGAUACGGGAGAAUGGUACAUGGACAAAGGAACAGAGAAAGUUACAGGAUAUUGAUACAUGGACAAAGAAAAAGAGAAAGUUACAGGAUAUUGAUACAUGGACUAAGGAAAAGAGAAAGUUGCAGGAUAUUGAUACAUGGACAAAGAAAAAGAGAAAGUUACAGGAUAUUGAUACAUGGACUAAGGAAAAGAGAAAGUUGCAGGAUAUUGAUACAUGGACAAAGAAAAAGAGAAAGUUACAGGAUAUUGAUACAUGGACUAAGGAAAAGAGAAAGUUGCAGGAUAUUGAUACAUGGACUAAGGAAAAGAGAAAGUUGCAGGAUAUUGAUACAUGGACUAAGGAAAAGAGAAAGUUACAGGAUAUUGAUACAUGGACUAAGGAAAAGAGAAAGUUGCAGGAUAUUGAUACAUGGACAAAGGAAAAGAGAAAGUUACAGGAUAUUGAUACAUGGACUAAGGAAAAGAGAAAGUUACAGGAUAUUGAUACAUGGACAAAGAAAAAGAGAAAGUUACAGGAUAUUGAUACAUGGACUAAGGAAAAGAGAAAGUUGCAGGAUAUUGAUACAUGGACAAAGAAAAAGAGAAAGUUACAGGAUAUUGAUACAUGGACUAAGGAAAAGAGAAAGUUGCAGGAUAUUGAUACAUGGACAAAGGAAAAGAGAAAGUUACAGGAUAUUGAUACAUGGACUAAGGAAAAGAGAAAGUUGCAGGAUAUUGAUACAUGGACAAAGGAAAAGAGAAAGUUACAGGAUAUUGAUACAUGGACAAAGAAAAAGAGAAAGUUACAGGAUAUUGAUACAUGGACUAAGGAAAAGAGAAAGUUGCAGGAUAUUGAUACAUGGACAAAGGAAAAGAGAAAGUUACAGGAUAUUGAUACAUGGACAAGGGAAAGGAGAAAGUUACAGGAUAUUGAUACAUCGACAAAAGAAAAGAGAAAGUUACAGGAUAUUGAUACAUGGACAAAGGAAAAGAGAAAGUAA